AUGGACCUCGCCCUCCCCACCCCCGACACCUUCCCCGCCUUUCCAUAUGACCCGCCGUACUCGAUACAAACGGACCUGAUGCGUCAUGUGUAUGCGUCCAUUGAGGGUCGCAAGGUGACGAUCGUGGAGAGCCCGACUGGCACGGGAAAGACGCUGAGUCUUCUGUGCUCGAGCUUGACGUGGCUGAACGACGAGAAGAAUCGCGCACGUAAAGGGCUCCUUGAGGCUUCGACGUCGACGUCGACGAUGCCUAGUUGGGUCUCUGCUCAUUCGAUUCAGGUUAUGCAGCAGCAGCUGGAGGAGCGGGAGCGGGAAUAUGAGGAGAGGUUGGGUAAGGCGAGGAAGAAUGAGGCGCGGUUGCGGAAGUUGGCGCGGGCGCGGGUGCAUAAGAAACCUAGAGCUACUCAAGAGGCUUCUCAAGACGACGAGUUGGAUGAUGACUAUUAUCUACCGGAAGAUCACGAUACCGAAGGUGAUGGCGAAGGGGACAACUACUCCCCAGCCGUACGCGCUCUCAUGGCCAAGUUAGUCGCAAUGAAGGGAGCUGGGUCGAAGACAACACCAGAAGAACAGGAGCCCAGCUGUACGAAGAUAUACUACGCCUCCCGGACGCAUUCUCAGCUGACGCAGAUAUUACCGGAGCUGCGGAAGCUCAAGUUCAAGCUUACGAGCAUACCAGAUACGGAACCAUCCCACCACGGAAAUCAGAAAGAGGUGUCGUUGAAGCGACGGCAAGAGCAGGCAGAAUCAGAUGAUGACGAAGGGCCGUCGACUCCGUGGCGGACGGCGUCGCUGGGUUCGAGGAAGCAGCUGUGUAUUAAUGACGAGGUUAAAGCAAAGCACGGAGAUUUAGACGAAAAGUGUCGCGAGCUUCUUGAAGAGAAGGGCAAGAAACGAUGCCAGUAUCUGCCUCCUCUAGAAGAAGAACACCGGUUGGCGGACCUUCGGGAUCAAAUACUGGCUUCGCCCAAAGAUAUUGUGGAAUUAGCGGCUGCUGGGCGAAACUCGCAUAUUUGUCCCUACUAUGGUUCUAGAAAGGCUGUUCCCCAAGCUGAGCUGGUGACUUUGCCGUAUAAUUUGCUGCUGCUCAAAUCUGCUCGUGAAGCGUUGGGUAUAGAUCUGACCGGCCAGGUUGUUAUCAUCGACGAGGCGCACAAUCUCAUUCCUACGUUGUUGUCGAUAUCAAGCUCGAGUCUUUCGUUCGGCACUCUUUCAGCAGCGCUCAGCCAGGUGACGGUGUACUAUAAGAGAUUUAGGAAUCGUUUCUCGCCUACACAUGCGUUGCAUCUGAAGCGCCUCGUCGAGUUUAUGAGUUCGCUGCAGAGGUUUCUGAAGGAGAAAGCAGCUUCGAAGCCUUCAACCCAAGAGGCGAUGACGGUCCCUGACCUUGGCUGUGCGCUUGGUCACAAAGUUGAGGGUAUCAAUCUUCUAGAGAUUGUCGAGUACUUGAAGACAAGCAAGGUAGCACGGAAGGUUUCUGGGUACUGUGAGAAGGAGGCUAUCCGAAAGUCAGAGCAAGAGUCUCAACAUCGCACGUAUACGAGAGGCAAGGGCAAUCCACCGCUUCAUGCCAUCGAAUCUUUUAUCACGGGUAUAUCUGCGGCCAGCGAAGAUGGACGUUUGAUCCUUUCACUGGGACGGGAGUCUGAUGCGUCAGAUUCCGAGAUCAAGUAUCAGCUUUUGAACCCUGCUACUAUAUUCCGGGACGUGGUGGACGUCGCACGUUCUGUAGUUCUUGCCGGCGGUACAAUGUCUCCUAUUUCUGAUGUGACCAAUCAACUCUUCCCAUAUCUUUCGGAUGCCAGCCUCUCUACGUUUUCGUGUGGACACAUUGUCCCGCAGUCGCAUGUCCAGGCCUUGCUUGUUGGCAAGGGUCCUUCCGGGCGUACAUUGGACUUUUCUUUCGGAAACCAGAAAGAUAAGCAGCUGGUGAACGAGCUGGGGCGAACGAUUGCCAAUUUCGUGAACCUGGUUCCCGGAGGAAUGGUUGUUUUCUUUCCUUCAUAUACCUACCUUUACUUUGCGAAAGAAAUGUGGGGUACGUCGGGAAUAUGGGAUCAGCUUGCUCGCAAGAAACAGCUAUUCAUCGAGCCUCGUGAAGCGACCGGUGUUGAAUCCCUUCUAAGAGCGUACUCUGCUGCUGCAAUUACGCAGCCCGAUGACGGAACAAAGGGUGCUCUUCUCUUUGCCGUUGUCGGGGGCAAAGUUUCAGAAGGUUUGAACUUCUCUGAUGACAUGGCACGGGCUGUUAUGGUCGUUGGUCUGCCAUUUGCCAAUAAGGCGUCCAUCGAGCUGCAGGAGAGGUUGCGUUAUGUCAAGGAGCUCGAGAGCAAGAUUUCAAAUAAGCACCUGGGAGCGAAAAAUACCGCUUCGGAGCUUUAUGUCAAUAUGUGCAUGAGUGCUGUGAACCAAAGCAUCGGACGGGCAAUAAGGCAUAAGAUGGAUUGGGCUGCUCUGAUCCUUGUGGACCAUAGGUUUGGUACGGCAAGUAUCCAAGGGAAACUGCCCCAGUGGAUUGGAGCUGGAAUUGUUCCAUGUGAUACUUUUGGUUCUGCUGUGAAGCAGCUGAGUGUAUUCUACAGGAAUAAGAAGGAAAGGUUGUGA